AUGCAACUUUUUGUCAAGUCUCUUGAGGGUAACACCCUUCUCCUCAAUGUCGCUUCCAACGAUUCCAUCUCGACUGUCAAGUCGAUGAUCGAAGCUCGUGAAGGUAUUCCUGCCUGUGCUCAGUUGUUGUCCUACGCCGGUAAGCCUCUCGCCGAAGGUGAUCUCUCGGUCUACGGCAUUGAAGACAGCAACACCUUGCACCUUAACGCUGAAUUGUUGGGUGGUGGUAAGAAGCGUAAGAAGAAGACCUACACCACUCCCAAGAAGAUCAAGCAUAAGCGCAAGAAAGUCAAGAUGGCUAUUUUGAAGUACUACAAGGUCGAUGAAUCCGGCAGAGUCACCCGUCUCCGUCGCGAAUGUCCCAACUCCACCUGCGGUGCCGGUGUCUUUAUGGCCGGUCACAAGGACAGACAGUACUGUGGCAAGUGCCAUUUGACUCUUGUCUUCAAGCAGAACUAA